AUGGAGUCACACGACUACAUGUCCUUAGGCGGCGACAAAGCUUUCACCAAGCACAUUUCGCCAGGCGAAACCUUACUAAUGAGCUUCAAAGUCAUAAAAUUCAACAAGCGAAACAAAGCCCAAGAGCGAACAAUAGCAUUAACAACUGCUGGAAUCUUAAACUUAAAAGGCAAAAAGCUCCAACGACGAAUGGAGUACGAAAUCCUCAGCGGCAUCACUCGCAGCCGAAAUGGUGACGAAUUUAUCCUGCAUUGUGCAACAGAAUACGACUAUCGCUUUUCUUCACCUCUAAAAGACCAAGCCAUACAAACCAUGUCCAAAGCUUUUAGGGACAUAACAGGAAGGACGCUUUACCUGUGGGAAACAAAUGAAAUUAACUUGAAAGAUCUGACUACUACAAAAAAUGACAAGAAAAAAGGAGUCAGCAGAAUCCCUGCACCUGAAAAUGCGGUGAAUUUUAGAAAUAAUAAUAUUGGGCAAGAAGAAAGCAAAGAUACGAGAGGAAAAAGAAGCAGGACGAUUUUUGCGGCACAGGAUAACUCUACAAGUGUGACGCUUGAUGAUUUUACGAUUUUAAAAGUCCUUGGCAGAGGAAGUUUUGGAAAAGUGAUGCUUGUGCAGAAAAAAGAUAACCAAAAAUUAUAUGCCAUGAAAAGCUUAAGAAAAGAUGCUUUAUUAGAAAGAGAACAAGUUGAACAUACAAGGACAGAAAAAUUAAUUUUAGAGCAUAUUAAUCACCCGUUUUUAGUCAGGCUAGAAUACGCGUUUACAAACCCUGCGAAGAUUUAUUUUGUGAUGGAAUUUAUGAAAGGAGGAGAACUAUUUUUCCAUCUAAAAGAAGCCAGAAAAUUCAGUGAAGACCGCGCAAGAUUUUAUGGCGCCCAAAUCGGGUUAGGGCUAGCUCAUUUACAUGAGCAGAAUAUAGUGUAUAGAGAUUUAAAGCCAGAAAAUAUAAUUAUGGAUGAGUUUGGAAAUGUCUAUUUAACUGAUUUUGGUAUGGCGAAAUUUUUACCUGAAGGAGGAUCAACUCAGAGCUUUGUGGGAACUCCUGAAUAUUUAGCCCCAGAAGUAAUUGCUUGCCAAGGACACAAUGGAACAGCAGAUUGGUGGAGUUUUGGUGUAUUACUUUAUGAAAUGAUGGUCGGGAUCCCACCUUUUUAUAACCAAAACGUCCAGUUAAUGUACGAACUUAUCCAGCAUGGGGAUCUAAGAUUCCCUCAAAGAACUCCUUUAUCUCAGCCAGCCCAAGAUAUCAUUACAAGACUGCUUGAUAGAGAUCCGACAAGGAGGCUUGGAGCUAGAAGUUUCGAUGAUAUUAAAAAUCAUGCCUUUUUUGCAUCAAUUAAUUGGGAUUUAUUACUUCAGAAAAAAUUACCAACUCCAUUUACACCGAGAAUCACCAAUGUAUUAAGCGCAGAAAAUUUCGAUACUGAGUUUACAAGUGAAGAGGCUAUUAAUUCAGUUGUCCCUGAACACAGGCUAAGAAUGGUCAUGCAAAAUCAAGAACAAUUUAAUGAUUUUUAG